AUGAGAUGGUCACACUCACUCAUCACACAACACCACUCUCCUCUCUUCUUCCGUUCUCUUCUCCGGAGAUGCGCCCGCGCCUCCGCCAUCCGCCCCGGCGAGCAGCUCCACGCUGCCGUCACCGUGGCUGGCCUCCUCUCCUCUCCCUCCCACUUCCUCCUUAACGCCCUCCUCCACCUCUACGCUGCCUGUUCCCUUCCCUCCAACGCGCACAGACUGUUCGACCAAAUUCCCCACUCGCACAAGGACUCCGUGGACUACACAGCCCUCAUCCGCUGCUCCCAUCCCAUAGAUUCGCUCCGUUUCUUCCUCCAAAUGCGCGAACGCGCUCUCCCCCUCGACGGGAUCACGCUAAUCUGCGCCCUCGGCGCCUGUGCCAGGCUUGGGGAUAACAACCUCGUGCCUCAAAUGCACGUGGGUGUGGUGAAGUUCGGGUUUUUGAGGCACACCAAAGUGUGCAAUGCGGUGCUGGAUGGUUAUGUUAAGUGUGGGCUUUUGGGUGAGGCUAGAGGGGUGUUUGAGGAGAUUGAGGAACCCAGUGUUGUGUCUUGGACUGUGGUUUUGGAAGGUGUGGUGAAAUGGGAAGGUGUGAAGAGUGGGAGAAUGGUGUUUGAUGGAAUGCCCGAGAGAAAUGAGGUAGCUUGGACUGUUAUGAUAAAGGGGUAUGUUGGGAGUGGGUUUACAAAGGAAGCCUUUUUGCUUCUUAAAGAGAUGGUUUUUGGUAAUCAACGUGGGUUGGGUCUAGCAGAAGGAGCUAGCCUCUCACAACGCAGUGAACCGAGCACAUUUGGUGCCAGACAAUGCCAUGAACAGAAAGAGCUGGUUUUGAAUAACCAACAGGCAUUUUGUCAUGUGGAAAAAGCUAGUCUCCCACAAUGUAGUGAAUCAAGAUUUGAAUUCUUGCGGGAAAAGAUGUCUACUUUUAGUAUUAGAAAAUAUGAUGAACAUGAUUGCUUUCGAAGAAAGACACUUGUAGAAAACAAAAACAAAGAGGGGAUGGCAUUUUGUUGUGGAUUUGGAUUUGGGUUGAAUUGGGUUACUUUGUGUUCUGUUUUGUCUGCAUGUUCUCAGUCUGGGGAUGUCAGUGUGGGAAGGUGGCUUCAUUGUUAUGCUGUUAAGACUGUAGGGUGGGAUUUGGGUGUUAUGGUGGGGACAAGUUUGGUUGACAUGUAUGCCAAAUGUGGGAGGGUAAGUACUGCGUUGACGGUGUUUAGGCACAUGCCACGGAGGAAUGUGGUGGCAUGGAAUGCCAUACUUGGUGGGUUGGCUAUGCAUGGGAUGGGGAAGGUUAUGGUGGAGAUGUUUGGUUCCAUGGUGGAAGAGGUGAAGCCUGAUGCUGUGACUUUCAUGGCUUUGUUAAGUGCCUGCAGCCAUUCGGGUCUUGUUAAACAGGGUUGGCAAUAUUUUCAUGGUAUGGAGUCUGUUUAUCGGGUGCGACGGGAAAUAGAGCAUUAUGCUUGCAUGGUAGAUCUUCUUGGUCGAGCUGGACGAUUGGAAGAAGCUGAAGUUUUGGUGAGGAAGAUGCCCGUUCCUCCAAAUGAAGUUGUGUUGGGGUCCCUUUUGGGUGCUUGUUAUGCACAUGGUAAGUUGAACCUGGGGGAAAAGAUCAUGAGGGAGUUGGCUCAGAUGGAUCCCCUCAACACAGAAUAUCAUAUCCUGCUUUCAAACAUGUAUGCGUUGUAUGGGAAAGUAGAUAAAGCAAAUUCACUCAGAAAGGUUCUUAAGAAUAGGGGUAUCAAAAAGGUGCCAGGAAUGAGCUCUAUAUACGUUGAUAGCCAACUUCAUCGGUUCAUUGCUGGGGAUAAAUCACACCCAAGAACUGCAGAUAUUUACAUGAAGCUUGAUGACAUGAUUUGCAAGCUGAGGUUGGCUGGCUAUGUUCCCAACACAAAUUGUCAAGUGUUGUUUGGUUGUUCCAAUGGGGAUGAUCGCAUGGAAGCAUUGGAGGAGGUAGAACAAGUGUUGUUCACUCAUAGUGAGAAGCUUGCACUUUGUUUUGGCCUAAUGUCCACACCACCCGGUUCUCCCCUGUGUAUCUUCAAGAACUUGAGGAUAUGCCAGGACUGUCAUUCUGCUAUUAAGAUUGCUUCCGAUGUAUAUAAACGUGAAAUUGUUGUCCGAGAUCGUUAUCGUUUUCAUAGUUUCAAACAAGGCUCUUGUUCUUGCUCUGACUAUUGGUGA